AUGGCCGCCACAUCCGUCAAGGUCGCGCGCCUCACCACCCUAGCGCUCUUCUCUCUGACUCCAACCCCCUCCGGUCCGAAGUCCACCAAGCACAGAGCUAGAGCCCCACCACCCAUCUCCAUCUCCAUGGAUCCGGCCCUUGUGGACCCAGCCCACCUCCAGGCCCUUAUGCUCGCCUGCGCCCACUCCUGCGCGCUCCGCCUCUCGCCGGCGCUAUCAGUUUCCGCCAUCGAGCCGGUCGACCUCAGCAAGCUACGGACUGCCCUUGCGCACAGCUUCAUCGUCGUAUCUGUCUUCUGCGGCGCUAGGUUCUUGACACACGACGGGGUACUUCAUAGCAGAGGUAUAUAUGACAUCUCUGCAUUAUGUACAGAAAAGGAGAGGCCCUUUUUUGAAGCUUGUGGAUUUGGUGAUGAUAUGAUGGGUUCAACAACAAUGUUGUAUACUAGAAAAGCACACAGAUAG